AUGAUUCGGCUUCCGGACGCUGGCGACAUAAACAUACUAUACGCUAUCCCGGCCAGGGUUGGACCAGACCAGGCGAGCGUGUACAUCAGCCACCUCUUCAGCUCGUUCCUGCAUCAGCACUCUUUCCUUGGCCAAAUCGGGAAUGAACACCGCGAUCUGAAAGGUUUGAUUAAUUCGUCUUCCAGUCUGCAUAAUGCAGCGCUGGCACUGGGUGCCCUGGAUCUCGAACUGUACAAGCGGCCCGGAAGCGCGCUUGUGAAACCCGCAACUGCUUUGAAAUAUUACCAUGAGGCCGUGAAGUCGCUGCAAGAUGACAUAGCGCAUUCCGAGUUUUCCGUCAAGAAUGACAACGCUAGCUUGUGGAGUACGAUCCUGCUGGGGAUCUUCGAGCUCAUGUACGAUUCGUCAGGCAACGCAUUCCUUGCUCAUUUCAUGUAUGGGACAUCUCGUUUGGUCGAAUAUCAAGGCGUGAUAGCGGAUCGAGAUCUGUACUUGACGAUCAGAGUACUGGAGCUGAUCCGAGCUCUUGUCUUUUGGACCGAUACCUUUCUUGUUGGGCCACAGUGGCAAGUUUCGAUGGCCUGGAUGUUUGACGAAGCAAUGUGCCAUGACUGGCACCCUAUCGAUGCCUUGUUUGAUCUGGCGGUUCAGUUCAUUGCAUUAAAUCAGAGAGCGGAGCUCGCUGUACGCUCGGCAUGCCCUGUCGCCUCCGAGGAGAACAUUGAGGCAUUGCGCAGUGCGGCAUUAGAUGGCAUAACCCUCCGCAUCAUGAUGUUUCAAUGGCAUGCACUGUCUUUGAAGUGGUCACAAAGCCACAUUCAAAAAGAUGGGAUCGACGCGCCAAUGCAGUUGGCCCUCAUUCUCUAUCACACCUUGAGCAUCUGUCUGAGCAACAUAUUCAGAUCCCAAGAUUAUUCAAGGUUGGGCCUCGAGGUUCCUCGACUCCCGGACGAAGCGAAUCUUAUGCAUGCAAGCCGGAUUCUAGAUUUGGUGGAAAUUGCGCUGCAACAGACGAAUCUAGCUGGUUUCUUGUAUUGCUGGCCCGUUCAAGUAGCUAGUCUUCGGUACGGCAUCUCAAUGGAGCAGAGGGAAAGAAGUUUAGCCAUAGUUCAGGAGAUUGAGAAACGUGGCUUCGUGUUUGGCUAUGACAACGCCGUCUUUUCGGGUAUUAUCGUGCUGCCUUGGUUUCUCGAAACUUUCCACCAUCCGGACUCGGCCCUGCUGGGUACUGUCAGCUCACUUUACAAUGUUGGAUGUGCCAUCGGGGCCAUCUAUGCUUUCCUCUUCGGGGCACAAUUGGGACGCAGGAAGACCAUUAUGAGUGGCGCUUCAAUUGCUACUGUCGGAGUUGUCAUCAUGUGCACGGCCGAGAAGAUUGCUCAACUUCUUGUUGGUCGCAUCGUGACCGGUGUAGGCGUUGGUGUUCUGACCUCUACGGUUGGAUUGUGGCAGGCUGAAACCACGCCGGCUCGAGUUCGAGGACGUUUCAUGUGUCUUGAACUCCUGCUUGGUGGCAUGGGUCUGGUCACGGCCUUCUACACCAAUUACGGUCUGCGAAACAACAAGACUCGCACCGCCUUCGUCCUGCCCCUGGCAUUGCAGCUCGUCUUUAUCCUCAGCGUUGGGAUCUUGGUGGCGUUCCUUCCAGAAUCACCACACUGGCUGUUCAAGAACGACCGUCAAGACGAGGCUCUGCGUGUCAUCAUGCGUCUACAAGGUCACAAUGCCACACGGGACGAUCCUCAGGUCCAACUCCAUAUGCACGAGAUCUCCGAAGCCAGUCGACUGGAAGGUGAAAAGGGAGGCUUCUUCAGCGGCAUCUUCAUCAACGGACCGACGCAAAACUUCAAACGUAUUUGCUACGGAUCCGGAAUCAUGAUCAUGCACCAACUCAACGGCAUCAACAGCGUGACUUACUAUGUCCCCACACUAGUGCAAACAUUCAUCCACGCCUCACACAGCACCUCGCUGUGGAUCAGCGGACUUUUCGGUGUCGUUGCCUUUGUCUUCUCCAUCUGGCCGGUACUCUUUGUCGACAAGCUUGGGCGGAGACCUUUUCUGGUGGCGGGUAGCGCCGGCCAGACGGUGUGCUUUGCGAUUGUGGCGGCGCUGCUCGCAACGGCUCCAGCAAAAGGCAGUCCCGCCUAUGGUAUUGUCACCCUCUCAUUUGUCUUUGUUUACUACGCCGUCAAUAUCUCAACAUGGUAUCCCAUCACUUGGCUCUAUCCGGCAGAGCUGAUGCCCUUGCACAUCCGAGAAAAGGGCAUGGGAAUUGCCGUCUUCACCUACUGGAUCUUCCAGUUCAUGAUCGUCGAGGUCACACCAAUUGCGCUGAAAAACAUCGGCUAUCGGUUCUACAUUAUCCUGUCCGUCUUUAAUGCAUUGAUCGGAGCGAUUCUCUUCUUCUUCUACCCCGAGACCAAGCGGAAGUCACUUGAAGAAAUCGAUUUCUUCUUCGCUAAAAAGGAUAUGGGUCUGACUGUCGAGACGGUCGGGAUCGAACGAGAAGAGAAGCAUCACGAGGAUGUUGCUGUGCAGGUGGAAAAUACAGAGCAUGAGUUGCGGACCAUCAACAUCGAGCAGCGCGCAUGA